ACGUCACUCGCCUGCGACUCAUGGCUGUUGUGUUGACGGGUGAAGAGAGAUAGAUAACCGUCAGGCAGCAAAUCCCGGACAAUUACAGGUACCUUAGCCUACUCUCAGCAAAGGUGAAGCGCUGUUGUGUACGGCAUCAACAUAGCAGCAACGGACAGCUGUCCUGAUUCAAAACAGUGCCCAUGGCCAGAUAAGGUCCAGGGAUGCAUCGUGGUGCAGGGGCCUCCUCUUUUUGACCAGAGGACGAUGCACAAAGAUGGUGCCCGCCCCGUUCUGCAGAGAGAGGGCGCGCGUAUGAAUCCGGAGGGUGAGUUAGUAUAGGACGUGAAUCUUAUGUGUAGUAAUUUGAGAUAUUUACACUGUUAUGUUUAAGUAACACUGUAGUACAUUAUCCUAUUGUUUAUAUUAAUCCUCACGUAGCUUUGUGUUUUAACGUGUUUAUUGUUUGUUCGUUGUUUUUUUUUUUUGCUUUGUUGUUUAUGGAGUGCAUGUCGGAUUUUGAUUAGUUUGAGCAGUAUUGUACUGAAGCCCUAAGCGACCAUGCAUUAUUAAUGUUGUUCCUUUUGUUGUUUUCUCGUGAUCUCGACUUAAUGUUUCUGUGCACUCGACAUCCAUCCUACUGAAGUCAAUGGGUUUAUUUGGUAAAUGAAGUAAAUAAUAUCAAUUUCUCUCCCCCUUUGUAGUUUCUUUUUGCUGGGAAGGGGCGGAGCUUAGCCCGCAUUUUAUCUAGCUGUCAGUGCAGACCAGUGUUGCCAACUUAGUGACUUUUCAGACCCCUUUAGCGACUUUUUUUUUCUCAAAAAAAGCGCCUAACGACAAAUUUAGCGACUUUUUGGGCAAACAUUAACAACUUUCCAAAUGUCGUCUCGACAUCCAUCCUACUGAAGUCAAUGGGGUGUUUUUUUUUUUGGUUAAAUGACUGAAAUAAGGUAUGUGGUUAACACAAGCUCAAGAUUAUGUUCACGUUUUAUACUACGACAUAAAAUAUAUCAGCUUUCACGUGACUUCAAAAUGGCGGUUGUAAACAAGUGUAUAAAUUAGUGGCUCUCAACACGGGGCGGGGCGGAGAGAUCAGAAGAGUGACGCAAAUUGUUUUUUCGUUUUUUUGUUCUUUCUCCCUCUGUAGUUUCUUUUUGCUGGGAAGGGGCGGAGCUUAGCCCGCAUUUUAUCUAGCUGUCAGUGCAGACCAGUGUUGCCAACUUAGCGACUUUUCAGACCCUAUAGCGACUUUAUUAUUUUUUAUUUUUAUUUUACAAAUUUAGGGACUUUCCAAAUGUCGUCAGUACUGACCUGCAAGCGCGAGGCCUUGCUUUCCCGCUGCACUCUCACCUCUCUCUGCGUCUGCUCUGUUCAGUGAGAGGCUGAGAGCCGGAGCAGCACAUCCCGGUGAUCACAGACCUGAAUGUAUAUUCCACAGAAUAACUAAAGGUGAUUGGAGUCAAGGGGCCUGGCUUGAAUUUUUUUUUGAUGAUCCACUGUGUGCUGGUGUUUAUACCUGUAUAAACUUGGCCAAAUACCACAUCAUGGCAUUUAUACCUGUGGUUGACUUUGAUGUCUACAAACGUAGUAAUGGGGACAUCACUGACAAGAACCUGCAAGAGUUAUGCAAAGAAUUUUGAAAUGCCUUCACUGAAGUGGGGUUUGUGUAUCUCAAAAAUACUGAAAUAGAUCAGAACGAGGUGGCUCAGGUCAUAGAUAUUUCUAAGAAGUUCUUCCUGCUUCCUGAAGAACAGAAAAGACCCUUCACAAGGGGCAGUUACCCAAUUAAUGUUAAUCAUGGCUGGGUGCCCUCAGAGGUAGAAAGGUUGAAUCCUCAACGUCCAGGUGACUUGAAGGAGGCAUUUAAUAUUACAUCCUUGAGCAAAGAUAUUAAAUGGCCCUCUGAUGGUCUUGAUGGCUUUCAUGACAUCCAAGUCAACUUUUUCCAUCGCUGUAAGGAUCUCACUCUCCAUGUACUCAAGAUCAUGGCUCUCAGUCUAGGCCUGGAUCCAGAGAUUUUUCUCCAAGCACACAGCUACAUUUGAAUCCCUGACUGAAGUGGCUACACUGGUAGCUCGCUCACUGUAUAAACAGGCUGGAGGGGAAGUGAAAGUAUAUUUAAGCUGCAGCCAGGACUUUCUCAGAAAGUUCAGUAGCCGUGUACAACUCUAGUGGACUUUACAUUACUAAACUUACAGAGUGCAAGCGCGUGUGAGACCGGAGGGUGAGUUAGUAUAGGACGUGGAUCUUAUGUGUAGUAAUUUGAGAUAUUUACACUGUUAUGUCUAAGUAAUACUGUAGUACAUUAUCCUAUUGUUUAUAUUAAUCCUCACGUAGCUUUGUGUUUUAACGUGUUUAUUAUUUGUUCGUUGUUUAUGGAGUGCAUGUCGGAUUUUGUUUAGUUUGAGCAGUAUUGCAUGGAAGCCCUAAGCGGCCAUGCAUUAUUAAUUUUGUUCUUUUUGUUGUUUUCUCGUGAUCUCGACUUAAUGUUUCUGUGCACUCGACAUCCACCCUACUGAAGUCAAUGGGUUUAUUUGGUAAAUGAAGUAAAUAAUAUCAAUUUCUCUCCCCCUUUGUAGUUUCUUUUUGCUGGGAAGGGGCGGAGCUUAGCCCGCAUUUUAUCUAGCUGUCGGUGCAGACCAGUGUUGCCAACUUAGUGACUUUUCAGACCCCUUUAGCGACUUUUUUUUCUCAAAAAAAGCGCCUAACGACAAAUUUAGCGACUUUUUGGGCAAACAUUAACAACUUUCCAAAUGUCGUCAGUACUGUCCUGCAAGCGCGAGGUCUUGCUUUCCCGCUGCACUCUCACCUCUCUCUGCGUCUGCUCUGUUCAGUGAGAGGCUGAGAGCCGGAGCAGCACAUCCCGGUGAUCACAGACCUGAAUGUAUAUUCCACAGAAUAACUAAAGGUGAUUGAAGUCAAGGGGCCUGGCUUGAAUUUUUUUUUUGAUGAUCCACUGUGUGCUGGUGUUUAUACCUGUAUAAACUUGGCCAAAUACCACAUCAUGGCAUUUAUACCUGUAGUCGACUUUGCGGUCUACAAACGUAGUAGCGGCGACAUCACUGACAAGAACCUGCAAGAGUUAUGCAAAGAAUUUCGAAAUGCCUUCACUGAAGUGGGGUUUGUGUAUCUCAAAAAUACUGAAAUAGAUCAGAACGAGGUGGCUCAGGUCAUGGAUAUUUCUAAGAAGUUCUUCCUGCUUCCUGAAGAACAGAAAAGACCCUUCACAAGGGGCAGUUACCCAAUUAAUGUUAAUCAUGGCUGGGUGCCCUCAGAGGUAGAAAGGUUGAAUCCUCAAAGUCCAGGUGACUUGAAGGAGGCAUUUAAUAUUACAUCUUUGAGCAAAGAUAUUAAAUGGCCCUCUGAUGGUCUUGAUGGCUUUCGUGACAUCCAAGUCAACUUUUUCCAUCGCUGUAAGGAUCUCACUCUUGAUGUACUCAGGAUCAUGGCUCUCAGUCUAGGCCUGGAUCCAGAGGUUUUUCUCCAAGCACACAGCUACAUUGGAAGUGAUAAGAAUGACACCACCCUGCGCACUCUCUAUUACCCUCCGGUGAAGGCUGGGAGUGUGAAAGAAGGUCAGCUCCGCUGUGGUGAGCACUCAGACUAUGGCAGCAUCACGCUAGUCUUCCAGAGCCAUGAGGGAGGCCUGCAGGUAUUAAGUCGUAAAGGGGAAUUUAUCUCAGCCCCAAGCAUUCCUGGAACCGUACUGAUCAACAUUGCAGAUCUAAUGCAGAGGUGGACCAGUGACGUGUUUGUAUCUGCUGUCCAUCGAGUUCUACCACCUCCUGAGGGUGACUCAAGCACAAGGCAGUCUUUGGUGUUCUUCGUGCAUCCGGACAAUGAUGCCAUCAUUACAUGUUGUGAUGGCUCAGACAAAUAUCCUCCAGUGAGAUCCUUGGAUUAUCUCCUGGCAAGAUUCAGCGACUCUUAUGGCAGAAAAUAGAUCUUUGCUGCUCUUUGUGAGUUGAUGCUCAGCUGCAUUUAUUUUCAUGUUUUUGCAGUUUAAAGCAAAUGGUACAUAUUAAAGAAAUCAUUAGAGAAAUCAGUAUGUUAAGGUUAAGCAAUCAAAAGUAGGAUCCAAUCAUGUGUAACCAAUAUAUGAGAUCAUAAGAGAGAAUGUGUUAAUCAAGAAGCUAAACUCAAAAGUUGAUAACUGGCUGGUGAGAUCAAUGAGCGACCAUUCUUCAGUAACAAAUGUAUCUUUUUCUUCUCUGAUUGCUGUUAUUUCUUAGAAAUAUCACCCUCUGCACCUGCAUAAAAACACUGAGUUUUUAAGUCUGUAUCUUUAAAUAUACUGAGUUUGUACUCUGUCUUUUUAAAUCUUUGUCUUUAAAGAUACUAAAUUUGUAUUCUCUUUUUAAACCUGUCUUUAAAGAUACUAAGUUUGUACUCUCUUUUUAAACCUGUGUCUUUAAAGAUACUAAAUUUAUAUUCUCUUUUUAAACCUGUGUCUUUAAAGAUACUAAGUUUGUACUCUCUUUUUAAACCUGUGUCUUUAAAGAUACUAAAUUUGUACUCUGUCUUUUUAACUCUGUGUCUUUAAAUAUACUGAGUUUGUCUUUUUAAGUUUGUAUCUUUUUACCAGUUUGAUGUUAGUGAUUUCUUAAGAUGUAUUGUAAAAAUCCAUGACGUAAGUUGGUAAAAUAAAAACUUUAAAAAAAACAAAAAAAAAAAACUGACUGAACUUGCACCACCAUUAUAGAUAAGAUAUAAAGAAAGAAACAAUUGUGGCGAGUCAUCAGAAAUGUGAUCAAAGAAAGGUGAUCAAAAGAAAACAUAGGAAAACCUGUCUAAUGAAAUCAUUGUUUUAGUGUUGUAUAAAAGCAUGAACAUUGAUUGUGCUCAUCAGAUGAUCUGCAGACAUCUUGGCUUUUGUGAUUCUUCAAUAAAAUUCAGAUUUUUGGCAUCUUAAA